AUGCCUUCUACUUUCGUUUCGGAUCCAGGGAAGCAUUUUUUCUUCUACAAAUGGUCUUCAGGGGAAACACACCGCUGCCUGCUUAAUGGCCCAUCCUUUCUUGCAAGCAUCAUCUUCCUAAAAAGAGGUGACGCCGAAGCCUUUUGCUUUCACGUCAUCUUUGGAAACCUUUUUAUCGAAGGAAAGAUAAACCAAAAGCAGCACCGACCGCUUUUCAACACUAUGUGUCCCUAUUUGAUUCGCCGAAAGCCCGAAGGGGCACACGCGCAUGUUCCCCUAAAUGUUUGGCCAAUCAUUUCCAUUUCCCCACCCGGCGAGGUCAAAGCAGCAGAUCUCCAGAGCCACCUUGGGUUUCUAAGUUGUGGGUGGGGUGGGGAAAUCUGGAAGCACAGAGCCACAUAG